AUGGCUCCCAUAUAUCCUCCUCGGCGCCUUGAUACUCCGAUAACGCGUUCGGAUAUCCCAGCAGGAGUGCCUUCGGCCUCCUGGAUCAUAGAGACCUACCGGUGUUUCGUAGCCCCGCAGGCUCCAUUGAUCUCGUCAAGCUUGAAUGACAGCCUGAGGGACUCCGUCCUGCUGCUUGGCGAGAUCACUUCACUCGAGAUGAAAACUUCCAUUGCGCGAUUUGUCCAUGGUCGACCAGCAAGCCACUCCAUAGAGCGUUGCCGCAGUGGGGCACUCAGACACUGCCGGAGGGAGCGCAAAAGUCGAGAGCGUGGACUCUGUCGCGAUCAAAAUGUGAUGAGGAAUGUGGACCUUCCAUACCUACCACUCCGCAAUGCCUACCAUCGCUUCAAGACAUCCACAAACAUUCGCAGGAGAUCGGAGGGAAAGGAUACAAAGCAACGCUAUAACCAAAAAACGGACGCGCAAGACGACAUCAGGACGGAAGGUGGAACCACGGGUUCCGGCGAUGUUGCCCUCGACAAUGGUAAGUGGCUCAUCACGAACGACUUUGCAUCGUCAUUCUGA